CUCGCUCCAAAAAGCUUCGUUGUUGACAAACGCAACCAAUAAAAGACACCUGCCGCGGCGUGCGACAAAUAACAGUUGAGAAAUGGUUGAGGCAAAUGAGAGCACAGCCGAGGAGCAACAGCUGCCAAAAUGGAUGGAUCAGGAACUGUUUGUGGAGUUUCUAGAGAGCGACUUUGCGGAUCUGAAGAGCAUCAGGGAGUUCCAAGUGGAGCCAACGGCUGGCAAGGGAGAGAACUACACAACCCUCCUGCUGCGUGCAAGCUUCACGCUCGAGCUGAACGAUGGCUCUCUGACUAGAACUUCGUAUAUGGCCAAGGUUCUUCCCACUACUGUCAGCACAAGGGAGUUCGUGACGACUUGGAAGGUGUUCGAGAAGGAGAGCAACUCCUAUGCCAAUUACCUGCCUGACUUCGAGCAGAUGUACCGGGAGGCCAAGAAGGAGGUUACCUUUGGGCCACGCUACUACAAGCAUUCAAAGCAACUGAACGAGGAGCUCAUUGUCCUGGAGGAUCUGAGCCGGCGCGGCUUCAGAAAUGUGAACCGUCAGAAGGGCUUCGAUAUGGUGCACACCAAGGCGGCCCUGGAGAAGCUGGCCCAAUUUCAUGCCGCGUCGGCAGUGCGCUUUGAACUUAAGGGACCCUAUCCGGAAACGUACGAUCGAAAUCUUUGCAGCACAGAGGAUAACUUCAAGGAGUUCCGCGAGCAGCAAUCGAAGACGUUUGUCCAAUCGCUGCCCCUCUAUAAUGCCGCGCACAUGCAAGAGACAAUUGAAAUAUACAGCCAACAGGCGGAGGACAUGUUCCAGGCGUACGCUCCCAAGAUAGAGAACGAGUUCCGUGUACUCAAUCAUGGCGAUGCUUGGUGCAACAACUUCAUGUUCCAGUACGACCAAGAGGGUCGGCUCGGAGAAACAUAUUUCGUCGAUCUUCAAAUGAGUCGGUACUGCUCGCCCGCCCAGGACCUGCUCUACAUGAUUCUAUCCUCCGCCAACGGCGACAUAAAGAUACAAAAGUUUGACCACUUCAUCCAUUACUACCACGAAAAACUCACAGAGAACUUGACACUACUCAAGUACCCCAAGAGCCUGCCGAAGCUGAAGAGCCUCCAUCAGUCCAUCUUCAGUUACGGGGAUUGGAUUUUCCCGAUAGUCACCGUUCUCCUGCCAAUCGUGCUUGUCGAUGCCAAUGAGAAUGCCAACAUGGACGCCCUGCUGGGUAAGGAUGGAGAUGAGGUCGGCGACCAGUUCAGAAACAACCUGUUCCACAACGCUCGCAUCGCGCAACACCUGAAGGAGGUGCUCCCUUGGGCACACAGUCGAGGAGCCUUUGAUGUGGUCAACACAUCCUAAACUUCUGUUGAUUGAUUCCGAAGAAAGAAUAAAAU